GUACUUACCAACUCAGGAACUUCCUUGAGAAUGUCACAUUACUAAUCAUGUCACUGUGAUCAACAGUACAGAACAGAAUGCCGGUGCUGAGCUUUACAAGAGGAGCCAGAACAAUGAUGAUGGCCCAGAUUUUCAUACCUAUGGUCUUGCUUAUUUUGACUGAUGUAUUGAAGUGUUCAGACGCACAAGAUACAGUUAACUGGGAGGUUCAGCGUUACGAUGGCUGGUACAAUAACCUGGCAUACCAUAAAAUGGGAUCCAAAGGUUCCAAACUGCUACGUCUCAUCCCUGCAAGUUAUGCUGAUGGUGUUUACCAAGUGGCAACAGAUCUGCCAAACCCUCGAGAAAUCAGUAAUACACUGGCAGAAGGACAGUCAGGCUCUCCAUCGCCACGAAGUCUUACAGUGAUGGCGGUAUAUUUUGGUUAUCAGGUUCUUUCUGAAAUAGUGUCCACAGAAAUGCCUGCCUGUCCUGCUGAAUUUUUGAACAUUGACAUUCCACCUGGAGACCAAAUUUUUGACCCUGAGAAGAAAAGCAAUGUAGUUCUACCAUUCCAAAGGGUUCGAUGGUAUCCGGACACAGGAAAAAGCCCUAACAGCCCAAGAGCACAGCUCAACUCUGUAACAGCCUGGAUUGAUGGCAGCUCCAUUUAUGGUCCCUCUCAUUCUUGGAGUGAUGCUUUAAGAAGUUUUUCGGGAGGAAAGUUGGCUUCUGGUCCUAAUGGUAUUUUUCCACCUUAUGCCACAAAAAGUCUUCCGGUUUUUCGGGUGCCUGAUCCUUCCACUGGAGAAAGAGGGGAUGAAGGAAUCUACAGCUUCGGUAAUGUUAUGGCCAAUGAAAGUCCAUUUCGUCAGGCUCACAGUAUUGUCUGGUAUUGGUACCAUAACUACAAAGCAAAUUUACUAGCAGCUCAACAUCCUGACUGGUCUGAUGAAGUCUUGUUUCAGAAUGCCAGGAAAUGGGUCAUUGCUGUUUAUCAGAGAAUAAUUUUUUAUGAAUGGCUGCCGACAUUUUUAUCAAGUGAUGUACAGAAUUACACUGGCUAUAAUCAGCAUAUAGAUCCAGGUGUAUCCACAGAAUUUGUAGCUUUAACAACACAGAUGAUAUACACCAUGAUGCCUUCAGGAGUUUAUAUGAGGGACAAGGACUGCAAGUUUUUGAAUGUCACAGGCUCAGACAAUAAGACGUAUCCUGCUCUUCGUUUGUGCAACAAUUACUGGAGCAGACAGAAUCCAAACUUGAAGAACGCCAGUGAUAUUGAGAAUUUGUUGCUGGGCAUGUGUUCACAAAUAGCGGAAAAAGAAGACCGCAUUAUGGUCUCAGACUUAAGAGACUAUUGGUAUGGACAGAUGUUAUAUUCCCGUAUUGAUUUGUUAGCUGCAAGUAUCCAACGUGGGAGAGACAUGGGUUUACCUAGCUAUAACAAAGUCAGAAGUUAUUAUGGAUUCUCACCUCUAACAUGGGAAAACAUCGGCAAUGCUGAAUUAAGACAAAAGCUUUCAAAUUUGUAUGACAAUGACACUGAAAAGCUGGAGCUUAUACCUGGUGCAAUGCUGGAAAUCGAUGGGGAUGCUGGCAGUAUCAUACCAAAAAUCAUUCUGGAUCAAUUUUACCGUCUACGAGAUGGAGACAGAUUUUGGUUUGAAAAUACAAAAGAUCCAAAAAAUGGUUCCUUUACAGAGGAUUUAAUAGCUCAGAUCCAGAACACUACAUUCCAUGAUGUGCUUGUAGCUGCCACUAAGACGAUGGAUGGUGCACUUCAAAAAAAUGUUUUUGUUUGGAAAACAAGUGAUCCGUGCCCACAGCCCACACAACUUAACUCUGGCAAUCUGGAAAAAUGCGUACCUGUUAUUUUCACAAAUUACUUUGAAGGAAGUGGUAUUGGAUUUGGAUUUACACUUGUAUUUCUCGCCAGUUUUCCUUUUGUGAGUUUACUUAUUGCAGUGGCGGUCGCACAAUACCGCAAGAGGUCAUUUAUUCGGAUGCAGAAACUGAAUAACAGCCCUGCUGUCAGUAAGGAGAGUGAUCUCAAAGGAUUUCAAGCCAUUGAAUGGUGUGGACCUGAUGAGCCAUUACAGCCUGUUUUUGUUCAGCUGCAUCCAAAUCAAGUUAUUAAAGUGGUGGCUGCUAACAAAUCCAACACAAGGACAAUUCAUUUGAAAGCCCAUCAAGCUGUGGAGAUUACUCAUUCCGACAAUGCUGGAAGCAAAACCCUUCGAAUAAGAAUCCCCAAAGAGUAUGACCUGGUGCUGUUUUUUAACAAUGAACAAGAUCAAUCUUCUUUCCUCAACAAACUUAAAGAAUUCUUUGAUGAAGGUGGAAUUCCAUCAACUGUCAUGUCAAUGAGAGAAAAAUACAUGUUGAAAGAAUCAGUUUCAAAGAAACAAAGGCAAGAAAUGCUGGAAACAUUUUUCAGACACUCACUUUCCGAUGUUCUGGAUAUAAAUAAGUCAGAUUCAGGUGUAUUACACAAAAAGGAGAUUGCAGAAGCUCUGCAAUGUGAGCUAUCAAGAGAAGAAUUUGCAGAAUCUCUAGGACUUGAUCCAAAUGCUCAUUUUGUGGAGUCAAUGUUUCGUACUGCUGACGAGGAUGGCAAUGGAUAUCUAUCAUUUAAAGAAUUUUGCUAUAUAUUGGCUACUUUGCUAAAAGGUCCUGUUGAAAGCAAAUUAAAGUUCAUAUUUUCAAUGCACGACAUUAAUGGAAAUGGAUUGCUUACAAAGCAAGAGCUUGCUGGGAUGCUUAGGUCCUUCAGUCAAUUAUCAAGCUUUCUUUCAAAAGACCAAACAGAAAAGGCUAUUGAGAGUAUGUUUGGCGAGAGUGGACUUCCCUGCAAACCAGAGAUCACAUGGGAGGAAUUCUAUGCUGUUUUUAGGCAGCACUCAAAUAUAUUGGAUUCUGUCACACUACAAGGUUCAAUGCCUCCUCUAAGCAUUAAGAAACCAAAUAACAUCAGAGUGUCAUUCAUAGGCAAAAGAAAUGAAGAGGAUAGCAAAAGCAACGCUGAUAAAGAUAGCCAUAUCCUGGAGUCAUAUGGGCAGGAACUUCGAAAAAGAACUGGCAGAAAAAAUAAUUACAACCUAAAAGGGGCAAAUGUAUACACCACAGCAAAAAGAGAAAAAUAUGAGUCAAGCAAAUUUCGCCAAAAAAUACAGCAGUUUAAACGCUUGAUCGAAAAUUACAGGCGCCAUAUCACAUGCAUUAUAAUAUUCUAUGGAAUAUCAGCUGGAGUGUUUACUGAAAGAGCCUACUACUACGGCUUUGCUUCACCAUCAACUGGAAUUGCACAGGCCACAUAUAUUGGGCUUAUUGUUUCUCGUGGUUCAGCAGCAGGUAUUUCAUUCAUGUAUUCUUACAUUCUUCUAACAAUGUGCCGGAACCUAAUAACAUUCCUGAGAGAGACCUUCUUGAAUAGAUACAUUCCAUUUGAUGCCGCAGUAGACUUUCACCGUCUGAUUGCCAUGAGUGCUCUUGUGCUUUCAAUUUUUCACACUCUUGGACAUGUAGUCAAUGUCUACAUCUUCUCAAUUACACCUAUAAAUAUACUUAGCUGCGUCUUUCCCAUGGUCUUCAAUUAUGAUGGAUCUGAAUAUCCAAAUAAAUUCUAUUGGUGGUUUUUUGAAACUGUGCCAGGUAUGACUGGGGUUCUUCUACUAGCAGUUUUGGCUCUUAUGCAUGUGUUUUCUACUCAUCAUUUUCGACGUGUCAGUUUCCGCGGAUUCUGGAUAAUUCAUCACCUGUAUGUUGUCCUCUUCAUUUUGACUAUCAUCCAUGGCAGUUUUGCACUGAUACAGUUACCACGGUUUUACUUAUAUUUUAUAGUCCCAGCUAUUAUCUUUGCAAUUGACAAAAUGAUUAGUUUGAGCAGGAAGAAGACAGAGAUUGAAGUUCUGGAAGUGAAGAAACAUCCUUCAGGAGUGACAUGCCUAAAGUUCCAGCGUCCUAGUGACUUUGACUACAAAUCUGGUCAGUGGGUUAGGAUUGCAUGUUUGUCUCUUGGUACAGAUGAGUACCAUCCUUUCACAUUAUCAUCUGCACCACAUGAGGAUGCAUUAAGUCUACACAUCAGGGCAGUAGGGCCAUGGACCACAAGCCUCAGAGAGCUCUACACAUCUCAUAACACAGCAGAGGGAAAGCACCCAAAGCUUUUCCUGGAUGGGCCAUUUGGGGAAGGACAUCAGGAGUGGAAUAUGUUUGACGUAUCAGUUCUUGUUGGUGGAGGAAUCGGAGUGACGCCUUUUGCAUCAAUUCUCAAGGAUUUGGUCUUUAAAUCAUCGAUUAAUGCAAGGAUCAACUGCAAAAAAGUUUAUUUCAUAUGGGUGACACGUACUCAGAAGCAGUUUGAAUGGCUGAUAGACAUCAUCCGAGAGGUGGAAGAGAUUGAUAAGAAUCAACUACUGUCAGUUCACAUAUAUAUAACUCAGCUAACUGAAAAGUUUGACUUUCGGACAGCCAUGCUGUAUAUUUGUGAGAGACACUUUCAGAAAAAUCAGAGCCAGAGUUUGCUAACUGGACUGCGAUCCAUCACACACUUUGGAAGACCACCAUUUGUGGGAUUUUUGAAUUCCUUACAAGAAGUACAUCCUGAGGUAAAGAAAAUUGGUGUGUUCAGUUGUGGACCUCCUGGAAUGACCAAGAAUGUGGAAGAUGCUUGCCGGAAACUUAACAAAAGAGACGAGUGCCAUUUUAUACAUCACUAUGAGAAUUUUUAGUUUACUAUUGAACACUAAAAUGUCAUAAUCACAUGUGUUUUCAGGUCACCUUUAUUUGUUACAAUUUGACUUUAAUCAACUUGUAGUACACAUUAGUAAACUUUUUCAAGUAUCACAAACUUCCUCUAAUUUUAAUAAAAUUAUAUUUAUGUUCUCUGGGACAUAAACCCUUUCUUACAACUUAUUUAAAAGAUGCGAUUGACAUUUUGUUUGUAUAUCUGUCGCAGAUACACCAAUAAAGAAUGUAUUUCCACUUGUA